AUUUGCAUUUAUUGAAUUAAGUACAAAUAAAAUCAGUAAAUACAAUCAGUAGACAAAAUGCUAAACAAAUUCUAAAAAUGAAGGCUGCGGAGCUGCGAGGCGCGCUGGCACCGGCACCAGCACCCAUGUCAGAGUCAGGUUUGCUAUGGGUGCAUCAGUACCAGUGCCAGUGCGCGUGGCAGAACCAGUUCUGCAGCGGCAAUCUUGAUCAUGUCGUCACUGUCCAUCGUGUUGCAACAGCUACAUACGAGCUCGCACAGUAUAUCUUUUUACAAGAGCUGGAUAAUGAGGACUUUAAUAUCGUCGACCAUCUGAAUCAAGGAUUCUUUAAGGAGAGUUUUAUCGCCCCUUGCCUCGGAGAUCAAAGCAAACCAUGCAGCAACAACCUUAAAACUGCAAACUGCAAACUGAUCAACAAGCACAGGCACACGUUCCUCAAGGAAAUCAAGUUUGAGUGCCCGCAGCUCAUUGGUGCGGCCUUUGUUGCUAAUUAUGAGGGUACAACAAUCCUCGCCGCAUAUAAAUCCCAUGUGUCUCAGCGCUUUAGCGGGCAGUUGAAACAUAUGGUCAACAUAGAACUUGACACCAGCAAAGACAGCAAGCAGAUCAACUCCAAGCAUACUUCAGACUCUAUUCUCCGUGACAGGGUGGCGGGCCUAAUUGAGAGCUUCUUUGGCACCUACCCUGAGGACUACAUCUUCAGUGACAAUGGACUCAAGUAUGAUUCUGUGGCUAAGCCAGUAAACCACUUUGGGGCUUCUGUUGAGAUGUUCCGGUCUUUAAAGCUCAACGAGGCUGUGAAUACAAUUUCCCUCUUUCCGACGAGGACGUCUAUUGUACUGGGUUUUACUACGCUCGACAAGACCAUUCUUGCACGGGGUAUUCUGCCUAUCACAAAGAGCCGACUUAAAGCGCUGCACAAUGGGAAGCUUUACCUAGAUAUCAAGCUUCCCGAGAUUCCGCGUCUGAAGGAUCUCAAAGGCAAGAAGAGGGUCAAGGCAGAGAGGAUUUCACGGUCUAAGAAAGGUUCUGGCGAUGCUGACAACAACAACGAGAACAACAACAACAACAACGACAAAGACAACAGCACCAGCACCAGCAAUAGUGGCAAACUUGCCAAUGGUGCUAAUAAGCGUCGUGAACGCGUGUUUCAUUGGAUCCGCAAAAACGCAAAAAAGGUAUUCCAGCUUGACCCAGCAAAGCUCGCCAAGGCAGAAACAAAUGGUUGGUAUAUGUCUGUUGAGGAUACCGAGCGCGCGCUCAACCACCCUGGCUCCAGUACACUUGCUUGCAAGUUAUAUGCUGAGUACCUCCUUGAGCGCCGGAAAGGUGAUUUUGUUUUGGGAGAGCACUACCACAACACACAGACCCUUGGCAAGAGUCAGAAACAUGCCGGCAGCAGCUCAACUGACUCCUUGCACCGCAAGUUCCAUUAUCUUUCCUUCGUCAACAGAAAGCGCGCCGAUCCAAUUCGUGGCAAGGGGCGGCGGGAGAUGCCAAUAGGUCAGGGAUUCACUGUCUAUUUGAUCGACGAGUAUUGUACUUCAACAUUUUGCCCGGUAUGUGAGAGCAGGAUCGAGAAAUUCCACAAAAUUGAUGAUCCUUGUCUGAAGAAUCCCAAGCGCAAGUACCACGUCGCAAUGGCAGCAGCAGCAUUUAAUUCCGUCGUAGCUGCAACCACUUCGGCCGCUGCGUCUGUCGCAGCAGCAGCCACCGACGCCGCAGCUAUUACUGACAGUGCGCAGCAGAGUCGCAACCAGUGGAUGCCUAUUCGCCCAGAGUCUGCCGAUAUUAUCCGGCGGAUAGGGGAGGAAAAGGGCUGGUCUAAGCGCAAAAUUUCCCACAAAAUUAAGCAGCAGCUGCAGAAUGAGCUGGCUGAGCGAAAUUGGGAGCAAUUCGUUAAUCUUCAGCCUGCUGAUAAUCUCAAGCGCAUUGCCAGGCUGAGCGGCUGGUCGCGGGGCAAAAUUGAGCGCAAAAUCAGACAGAGGAUGUGCAAUGAGUUGGCCGCGCAGCAGCAGGUGCAGGAUCAGCAGCAACAGCAGCAGUGUACAGUGGAAGACUGCUUGCAAACCUUUAGGACCGACGGAACCAAGAUCAAGGAUGGCGAAAAAGUGCCAUCAAGCAGGCGGAAGUGGAAUCGUGACAUGGCUGCGGUGCUAAACUUUCGCAUCAUUCUUAAUGCCCUGCUUAAAGGCGAGCAUUCUCCCUGUCUCUUGCGCAAAAAGACACCUUUCGAGUUGGCUGGAUUUGAGUCUACAGCAACGCCCAAUAAUUUUCCCAAGCCCAAGCCCUAG